AUGGCUGAAGGUCUCGUUCUUCGCGGCACCAUGCGUGCUCACACCGACGAGGUUACGGCCAUCGCCACCCCGAUCAACAAUUCCGAUAUGAUUGUCUCCGCAUCCCGCGACAAAUCCAUCAUCCUCUGGGACCUUACCAAGGAUGACAAGACGUACGGUGUCCCCUGCCGCCGUCUCACCGGUCACUCUGACUUCGUUCAGGAUGUUGUCCUCUCAUCCGACGGAGAGUUUGCUCUCUCCGGUUCAUCGGACGGUGAGCUCCGUCUGUGGGAUCUCGAGGCCGGAACUACCCGGUGUCGAUUUAUUGGCCACGAAGAAGAUGUUGUGUCUGUGGCAUUCUCGUUUGACGACCGUAUGAUCGUGUCUGCUUCUCGUGACCGCUCGAUUAAGCUGUGGAACACUGUCGGUGAGUGCAAGGUCACUAUCCAGCAUGGUUAUGGUGAUCAUGCUCAUUUCGAUUGUGUUAGCUGUGUUCGAUUCAGCCCUAGCACUCUGCAGCGGAUUAUUGUUUCUGCUUCGUGGGAUAAAACUGUGAAGGUGUGGGAUCUGUUGAAGUGCAGGGUGAGAUACACUCUUGCUGGACAUUCUGGAUAUGUCAACACGGUAGCUGUUUCGCCUGAUUGUUCUCUUUGUGCGAGUGGCGGCGAAGAUGGUGUUAUUCUUUUGUGGGAUUUGGCUGAGGGAAAGAGAGUUAACUCUUUUGAUGCUGGCUCUAUUAUUCAUGCUUUGUGCUUCAGUCCUAACAGGUACUGGAUUUGCGCUGCAACUGAGGCCAGCAUUAUGAUCUGGGAUUUGGAGAGCAAGAGCAUUGUUGAGGAUUUGAAGAUUGAGUUAGAGACUGAAGCUGAUGACGAUUUGAAGAUUGAGUUAGAGACUGAAGCUGAUGAGGAUUUGAAGAUUGACUUAAAUACUGAAGCUGAUGCUACCACUGGUGGUAAAACUACCGAGAAGGUCAUCUACUGUACUAGUUUGAACUGGAGUGCAGAUGGAAACACUCUGUUUAGUGGAUAUACUGAUGGUGUUGUUAGAGUCUGGGGUUUUCAGAGUUGUUAG